AUGUCUUCCACAGAUCCCACAAAUCAUUCUCCCGGCCUACCUGGCGACACCCAUCAUGACUCCGCCACUGUUCCGGUGACGAGCGCCGAGCCCGCGGGGUCGAAGGCUGAAACGCAGCCUCCCGAGCUCGACAACCAUGAGAAAGAAAGCAAGCCCGCACUGUCCGCGAAGGCAGCGGGCAAGCAACAGGCGACGGACGACCUGAUCGACUUUGGCGACGAUAAUCUGGAAUCGACGCCGGAGACGAAGUCUAUCGCCUACUCGGACAGCAAGUCGGCUCGAGAAUCAAGCCAGACCGCCUCUGCACCAGCCUCAGAGAAUGCACCGGAGCCCAUGACUUCCUCGAUCGCUACCCUAAAGCCCACGAGUCCUCUGCCUGCCGAAACUGCCACCCAGUACCUCACGAUAGAGUCCACGACCUACGUUGACCCAACACCUCCCACUCCCAGCACGUCACAGCCGCCGUCUCGAACGCCGUCGAACGCUACCAAGCGCCGGCCGUCGUCCGAGGCAUCCCCAACGAGAUCUGACGCCGGCUACGACGAGCGCAGAUAUGGAAGCGAAGAUGAGCAAGAAAAUGGAUCACGAUCCGAAAUCCAGAGCAUUAUGGAGCAAUUCACUGGCGAUGGUGGAGGACCGGGGGUUGAAGAAGUCAUGAGUCCAAGACUGGAGAUUGCAUCGCCUAUGCUGGGUAGUCCUGGCAUUCAGCAUCCGCCUCGGAAGUCCAGCCUCGAGCCGCUAGUCCCGUCACUGUCCCACCAGGUUCAGGAACUCCAGGGUCUGAGGAUACACUCGGCCUCCCCUGCCAGCAUUCUUUCUCGAGAGCGGGCCCCCGAUGACCAAGGCCCUCCUGUCCCGCCAAAGGACGGUCCUCCCGCAACGCCUUCGCGAUCUCACGAAGACAGACAAAUGAGCACAGACUCCCAAUUGUCUCCUGGUAUGGAGAAGUUGGUCAUGAACCGGCUCUACACGCAGACUUUCUCGCCUGCGAUUCCUCCGCCACAACCGAUUCCUGGUGCGAAACCGAAACGGCGAGGGGGUGAGCGACCCAUGGGACCCGGGCGACGUGGGCAGCAUCAAGAGGACGUGGAACGGGAUGAUAUCCUAACACAAAAGAUCAACAUCUACGCAUGGCUCCGGGAGGAGCAUUUAGACAUUCCGCCUGCUGGCGACAGCGGAAGGCGGUUCCUCAAGCUCGCCCAACAAGAACUCCUCAAGAUCAAGUCUUACCGGGCGCCACGGGAUAAGAUAAUCUGCGUCCUUAACUGUUGCAAAGUCAUCUUCGGGCUUCUCAAGCACUCCAAAUCAGACUCAUCGGCCGACUCAUUUAUGCCGCUCUUGAUUUAUGUCGUCUUGCAAGCCAACCCGGAGCAUUUGGUGUCCAACGUCCAGUAUAUCCUGCGCUUCAGAAAUCAAGAGAAGCUUGGUGGCGAGGCAGGCUACUAUCUUUCAUCGCUGAUGGGCGCCAUCCAGUUCAUUGAAAACAUGGACCGGACAACCCUUACGAUCACGGAUGAGGAGUUCGAAAAGAACGUUGAGGCAGCUGUGUCUGCGAUAGCAGAAAGGCACCGUCUUGACUCGCCGGCAGUCGUGCAGGAGCCCACCUUCUCGGAGAAAACAGGUUUUCAGCUGGGAGACUCCUCCGGCCGACCCUCUAUAGACAUGGUUGGAGAAUCUUCCACACCACGUCGCUCAACAUCAUCGAACGAAGGCAGCAAAGAAGUCGAUGAUCAAGCCCCGAUUACCGGUCUCCUCCGAUCGAUACAGAAACCACUCAGCACCAUCGGCCGCAUGUUUUCUGACGAGCCGUUGCCUGCGCCGCCAGUGCCCAGUAAUACCACAAGGCCACCAGGUUCUUCCGAACGAUUGUCCCCCAGACCAAGCACAGAGAUACCGCCGGAUGGGCAACAGCCCGCCCCUCGUCAUCAACUGUCGGCUGAGGAGGCUGCAGCCAGGCAGGCGAGCGCCGAGGUUGCAGAAGCGCAACGUCUCAGUAGAGCAGAGCACAAUAAUGUCGUCGAGACGCUUGCGGGCAUGUUUCCCGAUCUCGACAGGGACAUCAUUUCGGACGUGGUAUAUCAGAAGCAGGGCAGAGUUGGGCAGGCUGUCGACGCCUGCCUUGCCCUAUCCAAUUGA